GAUCACAAGUAAAUACUAAAGUUGUCAAUUUGGAUAGAAAUAAAAUUAAGUUAAAUGUUAGUUUACAUCCAAAUUUUCAUCACUAAGCUUUUGGUUUCAAGCUAAGAUCAGAAAGAAAUCAUAUAAUGAUAGUCAAUAAUCAAAGUGAAUGAACUCUAUUCAGAUUUAUACAAAUUCACAUUCAAAUGAUCCCACUUCAAUAUUCAUGAUAGUAAAGUUUAGGACAUGAGAAAUCAGCCACAAUAAAUGUUAUACUAGCUAUUAUGAAUGGAAUUCCAUGGAAGAAAAAAUCAGUGGAUUGGCAGCUUUUACACUUUUGGAUAAGUGAAACGAAAAUCGCAAAUUAUCAACCAAAACAGAUUUCGUCCCAUGAAGCAUCUCAGACUUCGGAGGAGUUUCUAAACAUGAAAUCCGACAUCAUUGCUGCUCAAAAUCGUUCUGAACUCGAUCUAAAAGUUUCCAGACGUCCUUCGAUGGAAACAACUUCAAGAGUUACUGAAAUCAAUUUCCCAAAGAAAGCUGUCAAAGAAAAUGUCGAAAAUUCUAAGAAAAUCACAGACUACAUGAAAACAAGUAAAGUGACUGUUGGUAAACAAUCAGAACCUGGAAAUAAAACUCAAGGCGAGUAUGAAAUCCGGUCAAUGGUUGAGAAUAUUACUGGAAAAACUACUAGUAAUAGGAACCAGGUCGGGGCCUCAACUCUGAAAGAAACCACUAUUGGUAAAACCACUCAUAAAAUCCCAAUACCUGAGUUUGAAAACGAAGGUGUUGAAUUCAACUUCGUGAAGCCAAAAUCCGAUAGAAAGAUUCUCAAGAGAAAACAUUCGUCUAGUAGUGAAGUAGGAUUAGAAAACACACCCAAAUCAGUUGACGUGAAGGAGAAUGAUAAAUCAAAGAUAAUUACAGAGCAGGAGAUCGAGAGUAAGAAGAAAAAAAUAAAAAAAACUGAGGAAAGAGAACAGGAGAUCAAAUAUAGAAAGAAACAUAUGAAGAUUAGUCUUGAGGAGGAAGAGGAGAAGAAUGAUAGUAGUAUCGAAAAUGAUGUAGAAAUAAUGAAGAUAAGUUCAGAGGUGGUAAAAGAAAAAGAGAUAGUGAAUGGGAAGACAGAGAUGAAAAUGAUGUGGAAGAAUGAGUAUGAAAUGAAGUUGAAAGAAAGUAAUGAGAAUAAGACAGACAUGACGAAUAUUCCUGGACCAAGCCAUAGAAUAUUAGGAUCUGUAAAUAAAAACAAAAAAUCUGCAUGGAGAGACAAUAGCAAUAUUCUUACGACUGGAACAAAAAAUACCGAAUUGAAGAAGGCAUUUUUGAAGAACAAAGUGCAGAGUAAAAUGUCGACCAGAAAAAUUAAGAGUUUUGCUAGAAAGUCAGAAAAUAAGUUUGGUGAAUCGUUUGUGCCCAAAAGGUUAACCGAUAAGACAACAAAAUUCUAUUUCAUCACUAAUUUGAUGAUGGAGCGUUUUGGGAAAAGACCGGUGUCACUGAGGAAGCGGAAGUAUCCUGUUCCGACAAACUCAGCCAUAGAGAGCCCAAUCGAAGCUCCAAAUCACAGCAUCUUUUCUACUGGCAGAAAAUCACACACGACAGUAUCUGUUCAAACGUCUCCCAUGAAAGAGCAAGUAAAAUGUGUGCCUUCAUCUUCUGCCAAAAGUGUUGGUGGAGCAAGUGCCAGUUAUGAUUGUUUUGAAUCUAAAAUUAAUUUGGAACAUGGAAACGCGACAAAUGUUUGUAAAAAAGACGGUUCUAUUCAGCUCAAUUCCACCAUUCACAACAACGGCACCGAAAACCAUUUAUUGCCAGGAACAUCUACAAUUAUUGACAAAAAAUACGUUUCUCUACCAGGACAUUACACAUUUGUAAGUGAGAAAAGCAUUGAAAAUAUUGGUGAGUCUGAGAGUCUCACAAAUAUUGUGAGUCAAGAAGAUAUCUUUGAACCACCCGUGUCUGAAGAAAUUGUCAAGUAUACAGGUGAAGUAGUACCAGAUGAAGCUUCGACUAAGAUGGAUAUGGAUGAAGAAAUAAAAAAGGAUGCUAUUGAUCUCACCCAGGUAAAUCCUCACAUAAAGAACAGAGAUAAAUUUUGCACAAGAAAAGUUUUGACACCUCCAUCGAGUCUUAGUGUUGGUUGUAAUCAAAGUAGAAACAGAAAUAACUGCGAUGCUAUUCGAGAAAGUGCUCAGAAAACAAAGAAAUGUGGGAGACCAAAGAGUAAAAACUUUACAGAAAAUGAAAGUUUUCAAGGUCCAACAAGCACAGUAGAUGGAAGUUUACUAAACGUUAUUGAUAGUGAACAAAAUUCAGAAAAAGAUUUGAAGACUCCAAAGCACCAGAUUCGAAAGAAUGUACACUCAAAUUCUUCAUCAUUGAAGAUUGGUGGCAGGAUGGAAACUAUAAUAAACUCUAAAACUACUUCACAAAAAUCAAAAACCCCGUCACAAAACUCGAAAACUCCUCAACAAAAGACUAAAAAGAGUUUAUGUUUCAGCUCUCCUAGAAAUGUUAUUAAAAAGCAUCUAAAUUUCACAUCUCCAGUUUCCAAUGAAAACAUUUUCCAAAAAGCAGAACCCGAUAGCUCUGAAGUUACAAUAUCUGUUCAAAAAAUUCAAACUAGUUGCAAUAAAAGUAAAAGAUCUGUUUCGAAUUUUUCUGAUGAAGACACAUUUGAAUCUGUAAACGGAUCACUCGAUUUGAUAAAACAAAGGAAUCCACUGAGUUUUUCUUGUGAUCUUUCAAAAUUUACUCAACCUUGUUCUCAAGGUAGACCCAUGACACAAAUGGAUACAGCAUUUUCUGGGUCGGACAACUCUCAGCGUUUGAGCACACAACAGAAGUUAAUAGAGGAAGAAAUUAGAGUUGAAGUAGUAGAACCUCCAUCAAACAUCAUUGCAGAAUCUGAUGAAGAGGAAGAAAUUCCGCAGACACCUGAUAAGACAGAAAAAAGUGAAAUACUGACGCAACACAACACGAGCAAACUAGACAAAUCGAUGGACAUGAGCAUCAUUCCAAGUUCGCUGAACUUGUCUCAGAUGGCUAAAUCAAACUUGAAUAGUACAAAAGCAAAAAAACAAUCCAAAAGAUACUCGUUUGUCUACUCGCGGCUGCCUCCCCAUCUUAUACAGAAGGUGGAAGAAUUUGCGCAAAGUAUCAACGCGCACAUCACCCCAAAUAUCACUGACGAAACCACGCAUGUAAUACUUGCGCCAGUAGAGGACAAUAUGACUGUUAUCACCUAUAAGUUCCUAAAGGGAAUUGCUAAGCGGCUGUGGUUGGUCAACAUCAACUGGGUUCUCGAAAGCUUGCAAGAUAAGAAGAUUAAACCAGAGGUGGUGUAUUUGACAAUGGAUCCAUACGGUGAGCCGGGACCACAUCGCUGCAAAUUUGACCAAUCACAACUUCUGGCUGACUUCACUUUUCUACUGAAGCCACCCUUCAGUCAGUUAUGUCAUGAUCAACUCAAGGAGUUGAUUGUUCUUUGCGGUGGUACUGUAGUGGAUAAAAUUGAAGACUUUCAUAAAGUGAAACCCAAACUGCCUAAAAGUAUUAUACUGACGGAUGAAGAAUUAGACGUAGCGACGACUGAAUAUUUUUUGACACAACUGUGUCUGAUCGCGCUCCAUGUCUCCUGGCUUAUUGAAUCAAUCAGCGCAUUUAAAUUGAUGAACGUUGUUGAUCACCUGCAUAAUCGUUCGAGUGCCACCCUCGAUAUCCUUCGAAAUCUAGGAUUAGACUCUAAUAUAAUUCAAGAAGUGCCAUCUGAUUCAGACGAAGCUGAAUCGGCUGAUUCAGACUAAUUAAAUUGAAUAAUACCAAGAACAGGGUUUAAUCAAUUUAUCAUGUCAAGGUGGUCUUUGUUUGUGCGUAAACUGCUGACAUCGACCACGACCUGGUUGUGGCCAACUGCUACUGUGUUGAAUCAUAAGAGCGUUUUUGUUAAUGCAAAUUUUUACUACGGACCGAACAUCGUACGCGUUCGAUUUGCUGCAGGAUUCCUCCAAAGGCAGUAUCUGCAGUCUCAGUCAACUGCAGUCUCUGCAGAUUACGCACAAACGAAACCCCACCUUUAAGGAGGGUUUUGGUUUAUGCGUAGAUUUCUGACGUCGAUCACGACCGAGUCGGGCUCGAUUUCAAGAUGGCUGAAAAACCGUGAUCGACAGCCAAUGAAGCGUUUUCGUUUGCACGACCCGGUCUCAAUUUCAAACGUCACAUAUUUAGACCAACGCUAGAUUAUCUGCAAUUAUAUUGAUCAUAGAUUAUUUCAAUAAAUUGAAUCAAAAAGUACCACAAAUGCAUGAAUAAUAUGGUUAUAUAUUACAAUACAAAAUACAAUUAUAUAUUAUUUAGUUAUUGAUCAUGGAUAUAGAUUUCAUCUCAGCUCUUUCUAUUAAAAGAAAAUAAAAGCAUUAUGAACUUAUAUAUUCCAUUUCACAGUUUGUCUAGACGAAAAUCUCCAUUUGUGACUCAUUUGAGAAAAUAAUUCAUCAAAUACGAAUCAACAAAUCUAAAUCGAAUACAAAAAAUCUUGAAAGUAUCCUUUAUUUUUUAAAAACUUUAAAAUAGUUAAACAACUAGUUUUGACCCUACCUUAGGUCAUUUUCAAGUUGAAAUAUAGAAAAUAAAUAAACAAGUUGAUACUAUAUAAUAUGAACAUAUAUGCUUAUUUUCAUAUAAUUAUGA